AUGACAGUGAGCGGAGAUGUGUUGAGUGUAAUCGCUGCACUCGGAGACGUCACAGUGCCCGAGACGCCAGUCUGCAAUGAACCCUUUGUGCUGUGCCGGCACACAUCUAUAUGCCUCUCGCAAGCCCAGCUGUGCGACGGGACAACUGACUGCCCCGAAGGAGAUGACGAGGAUUUUUGUGUCUCCACAUGUCCUUCUAAAGCUGACUUCCGCUGCAAAGACCGGCGGCGUUGCAUCUCCAAGAGUCUGGUCUGUGACGGACGCCCUGACUGCCACGAUGGCUCCGACGAGGUCGACUGUCCUCCUGCAGCUGGCGCAAACGUCCUGAAGUGCAGCUUUGGCUCAAAGCCGUGUGCUGAUGGAAAAGAGUGCGUUUUGAACAGCCACAUAUGUGACGGAGAACAUGACUGUAUGGAUGGAUCGGAUGAACAGGGAUGUGAUGCUGCAGACACUGCCACUCCCACUGUUGCAGAAGAUCUCCUCUUAAAUAAAUCUCCUGCACCCACCAAGCCAGCCUGCAUGAGUCCAUCAGUGCUGUGUCCAGGUUCUUCUUUAUGCAUCAGUCCAAAACAACUUUGUGAUGGAAAGAGAGACUGCCCUGAUGGAUCUGAUGAGAACUGUGUGAAGAGAUGCCGGUACAGGACUGACUUCCGCUGCAAGGACCAGCGUAGCUGUGUCUCCAAGAGUCUGGUCUGUGACGGACACCCUGACUGCCACGAUGGCUCCGACGAGGUCGACUGUCCGAGCGCAGCUCCUCCUGGAGCAAACGUCCUGAAGUGCAGCUUUGGCUCAAAGCCGUGUGCUGAUGGAAAAGAGUGCGUUUUGAUCAGCCACAUAUGUGACGGAGAACAUGACUGUAUGGAUGGAUCGGAUGAACAGGGAUGUGCUGACUUCCGCUGCAAGGACCAGCGUAGCUGUAUCUCCAAGAGUCUGGUCUGUGACGGACACCCUGACUGCCACGAUGGCUCCGACGAGGUCGACUGUCCGAGCGCAGCUCCUCCUGGAGCAAACGUCCUGAAGUGCAGCUUUGGCUCAAAGCCGUGUGCUGAUGGAAAAGAGUGCGUUUUGAUCAGCCACAUAUGUGACGGAGAACAUGACUGUAUGGAUGGAUCGGAUGAACAGGGAUGUGAUGCUGCAGACACUGCCACUCCCACUGUUGCAGAAGAGCUCCGCUUAAAUGAAUCUCCUGCACCCACCAAGCCAGCCUGCAUGAGUCCAUCAGUGCUCUGUCCAGGUUCUUCUCUCUGCAUCAGUCCAAAACAACUUUGUGAUGGAAAGAGAGACUGCCCUGAUGGAUCUGAUGAGAACUGUGUGAAGAGAUGCCGGUACAGGACUGACUUCCGCUGCAAGGACCGGCGUAGCUGUGUCAACAAGAGUCUGGUCUGUGACGGACGCCCUGACUGCCACGAUGGCUCAGAUGAGGUCGACUGUCCGAGCGCAGCUCCUCCUGGAGCAAACGUCCUGAAGUGCAGCUUGGGCUCAAAGCCGUGUACUGAUGGAAAAGAGUGCGUUUUGUACAGCCACAUAUGUGACGGAGAACAUGACUGUAUGGAUGGAUCGGAUGAACAGGGAUGUGAUGCUGCAGACACUGCCACUCCCACUGUUGCAGAAGAUCUCCUCUUAAAUGAAUCUCCUGCACCCACCAAGCCAGCAUGCAUGAGUCCAUCAGUGCUGUGUCCAGGUUCUUCUCUCUGCAUCAGUCCAAAACAACUUUGUGAUGGAAAGAGAGACUGCCCUGAUGGAUCUGAUGAGAACUGUGUGAAGAGAUGCCCGUACAGGACUGACUUCCGCUGCAAAGACCGGCGGCGUUGCAUCUCCAAGAGUCUGGUCUGUGACGGACGCCCUGACUGCCACGAUGGCUCCGACGAGGUCGACUGUCCGAGUGCAGCUCCUCCUAGAGCAAUCGUCCUGAAGUGCAGCUUUGGCUCAAAGCCGUGUGCUGAUGGAAAAGAGUGCGUUUUGAACAGCCACAUAUGUGACGGAGAACAUGACUGUAUGGAUGGAUCGGAUGAACAGGGAUGUGAUGCUGCAGACACUGCCACUCCCACUGUUGCAGAAGAUCUCCUCUUAAAUAAAUCUCCUGCACCCACCAAGCCAGCCUGCAUGAGUCCAUCAGUGCUGUGUCCAGGUUCUUCUUUAUGCAUCAGUCCAAAACAACUUUGUGAUGGAAAGAGAGACUGCCCUGAUGGAUCUGAUGAGAACUGUGUGAAGAGAUGCCGGUACAGGACUGACUUCCGCUGCAAGGACCGGCGUAGCUGUGUCAACAAGAGUCUGGUCUGUGACGGACGCCCUGACUGCCACGAUGGCUCAGAUGAGGUCGACUGUCCGAGCGCAGCUCCUCCUGGAGCAAACGUCCUGAAGUGCAGCUUGGGCUCAAAGCCGUGUACUGAUGGAAAAGAGUGCGUUUUGAUCAGCCACAUAUGUGACGGAGAACAUGACUGUAUGGAUGGAUCGGAUGAACAGGGAUGUGAUGCUGCAGACACUGCCACUCCCACUGUUGCAGAAGAUCUCCUCUUAAUUGAAUCUCCUGCACCCACCAAGCCAGCCUGCAUGAGUCCAUCAGUGCGUUGUCCAGGUUCUUCUUUAUGCAUCAGUCCAAAACAGCUUUGUGAUGGAAAGAGAGACUGCCCUGAUGGAUCUGAUGAGAACUGUGUGAAGAGAUGCCCGUACAGGACUGACUUCCGCUGCAAAGACCGGCGGCGCUGCAUCUCCAAAAGUCUGGUCUGUGACGGACGCCCUGACUGCCACGAUGGCUCCGAUGAGGUCGACUGUCCUCCUGCAGCUCCUCCUGGAGCAAACGUCCUGAAGUGCAGCUUUGGCUCAAAGCCGUGUGCUGAUGGAAAAGAGUGCGUUUUGAACAGCCACAUAUGUGAUGGAGAACAUGACUGUAUGGAUGGAUCGGAUGAACAUGGAUGUGAUGCUGCAGACACUGCCACUCCCACUGUUGCAGAAGAUCUCCUCUUAAAUAAAUCUCCUGCACCCACCAAGCCAGCCUGCAUGAGUCCAUCAGUGCUGUGUCCAGGUUCUUCUUUAUGCAUCAGUCCAAAACAACUUUGUGAUGGAAAGAGAGACUGCCCUGAUGGAUCUGAUGAGAACUGUCUGACUUCCGCUGCAAGGACCGGCGUAGCUGUCUCAACAAGAGUCUGGUCUGUGACGGACGCCCUGACUGCCACGAUGGCUCAGAUGAGGUCGACUGUCCGAGCGCAGCUCCUCCUGGAGCAAACGUCCUGA